AGCUGUGUGAAGGCGGAAGUGCGGGGUGAAGUGGAGUAGUAAGAUGGCGGAGGGUGGAGGAGAGGAUAGCGGCUCCCCGCUAUGUAUGAUCGUACUGGGGAUGGCGGGCUCCGGGAAAACAACCUUCACCCAGAGACUUACCUCCUAUCUACAUGGGAAGGGCUCCGCCCCCUACACCAUCAACCUGGACCCCGCCGUCCACGAGAUCCCCUUCCCUGCCAAUAUAGAUAUUCGGGACACUGUGAACUACAAAGAGGUGAUGAAGCAAUACGGACUUGGACCUAAUGGCGGAAUUGUCACGGCCCUCAACCUCUUUGCAACGCGUUUCGAUCAGGUGGUGAAGUUCAUCGAGAAGAGGCAGGAGAACAUUCGGUAUGUUGUAAUCGACACCCCGGGGCAGAUCGAAGUCUUCACAUGGUCGGCCUCCGGGGCCAUUAUUACAGAAGCCUUGGCCUCCACCUUCCCCUCUGUGGUGGUGUAUGUGAUAGAUACGUCCCGCAGCGUCAACCCCGUCACCUUCAUGUCCAACAUGCUCUACGCCUGCAGCAUCAUGUAUAAGACUAAACUUCCCUUCAUUGUUGUCAUGAACAAGACAGACAUAAUCGAUCACAGCUUUGCGGUGGAGUGGAUGCAGGACUUCGAGACGUUCCAGGACGCUCUGAAUCAGGAGACCUCCUACGUCAGUAACUUGACGCGAUCCAUGAGCCUGGUCCUGGAAGAGUUCUAUAACGCAUUGCGGGUGGUUGGCGUGUCAUCAAUGACCGGAGCCGGGAUGGAUGAAUUUUUCGUCAAGCUUUCAGAGGCAGCCGAAGAAUAUGAGAAAGAGUACCGUCCGGAGUACGAACGUCUGCGCAGAGAUGCGGAGGAAGAGAAGAGGAAGGAACAGCAGGAGCAGAUGAACAGGCUCCAUAGAGAUAUGGGCUCCGUGGAUCUGGACCCCACGCAGUCCACAGAGGAGGCAGUGGAAGGUCCAUCAGAUCUCAUCAUGACCCGCGGGAAUAUGGAAGAGGAGGAGGCGGAGGACAGUGACACCGAUGACAUCGACCACUCCGUGGCCGAGACCCAGCAAGAGGAACCGGCUUUCCACAACUUUCUGCAGCAGAUGAAGAGCAAGUAUCGGGAGAAGAUGGAGAAGUGAUGGCGGCUCGGUGUGAUCAGUGAGGAGCCCCAAUCGGAGGCCAUAUCGCACCCCUCCCCCUCUGGAUCCGGCGUAUGAAAGACAAAGCCAGGGCCGGUUAUCAGCCUAUUUUGCUGAUGUGCGAUUGGUCAGCCUGAGCUCUGCCAGGGACGAUGGGAUGUGGCUUUUAUUUGCUGUGUAAUAAUGAACAGGACUGUUUAUUUCUAUACAAUAUAAUAUUCAUUGUUUUGUAAUAA